GCUCCAGCCCCAGACAUGUCCUGCUACACCCCGUGCCGGCCCUGCCAGCCCUGCGGCCCGACCCCGCUGGCCAACAGCUGCAAUGAGCCCUGUGUCAGGCAGUGCCAGGACUCCACUGUGGUCAUCCAGCCCUCCCCCGUGGUGGUGACCCUGCCCGGGCCCAUCCUCAGCUCCUUCCCACAGAACACCGCCGUGGGAUCCUCCACCUCCGCUGCCGUUGGCAGCAUCCUCAGCUCUCAGGGAGUGCCCAUCAACUCCGGGGGCUUUGGCCUCUCUGGCCUGGGCAGUGGCCUCUGUGGCAGGACCUGCUUCCCCUGCUAAAGCUGCUCCCUGCUCUGGGCUCUCCCCUUGGAUCCACCUCUCUUCCCUCCCUUGACUCAUUAAAUUCUGAU